AACUGUGGCUUUUGAAAAAGGGACAACAAGUAAGAGUCUAGGCAAGACCAACGAGUGAAAAGAAGAUAAAUAUCCAGCUUAUUCCGCUCCCCAAGAGUCCCCUCUACUCCAGCAUGACAUCCAGAAACCUCAACAAGACCUGGCGCGAUAUUGUCUUCGAACAGUACGAAGCCGACUACGCAGCUGACGUCCCCUUUCCCAUCCGCUACUUAAUCUACGGCGACCAGUGGAAAACAGAUAUCCUUAUUGAGAUUCCCACCAAGAUUGACGUGCCUGUCUUCCGUCAAGCUCUCCUCCACGCUGCUAGUUCUAGACGCCUUGAAAACGACCCGGCGUACGAAGACGACCUAAUCAAGGUCCGAGCACGUGUUCCGCCUUCUGCCCAAAGCAACAAUGAUGCUCACCCGCAAGACGGCUCUGCUGCUGCUGGCAACAGUGGCUAAUGCUUGGAAGUUUACUAUUUAUGGUGACGGCGACUGCGAGUCGACUCCGUCGGGUGACCUUCGGGGAGAUGGUAAUAAAGGCUGUACCAGUAUUCCGAAUCCUCAUAGAGGGUUCUGGCUUGAAGAUAUGGGUAACUGCCAAAUUGACCUGUAUGCUAACGAGGACGAUUGCGAUGAUGGCGUACCGCAGCAGUUUUAUGAUGCGACCAAUCAGGGCGUCUGCAUUGGUCCUCAGUUCCAAUGGGAUUACUAUACUGUAGUCGGUUGUUAGGAAGUUCUAUCAUAGUAGCAUUUUGUAACUAAAGGCAUAAGCUAUAUAUUAGGUAGUUUCAAGUUUGAACUAGCCUCAUCUG